AUGGGUGACCGGUGCGGGCACAAGAACGCCAUUCUCGUUGGCGCUGUGCAGCGUGGCCGUGAUGGUUUCGACUCGGCAGCUUUUGCCGGCUCGAAUGCUGUGUUCUGUCGCCAAGCCUUCGACUCGAUUGGUGGUAUUCAGUACGGUACUCAAGCUGCAGAUGCGUUUACGGGCAACGUGCUCUACACUUCUGGUUGGGACUCGGUGUACUUCCGCAAGGAUUUCGAGGGCGAUGCCAAGGGCCGUAUUCGAUUUUGCGGAGGUGCUGUUCCUGAAACAGUGGCUGCUGCUAUGGGCCAAAAGAAGCGUUGGGCGAAGGGUGCUGUGCAGAUUCUGCUGAUGCAAAAUGAGCGCGAAGUCGACCCGGACUGGCGUCCGCCGCGCGUGCCUGCCCCGGACCCGAAGCCGUCCCUUGUGCUCCCGCGCAAGAUGUUUUCUACGACUCGUCGUCAACAACAACGUGUGGCGUAUGCAGCAGGCAUGGCUUUCGUUGUCGUUCAUUACGAUGAUGACAAUUUUGAGGCCCUCCAGGCGCGCGUGGCGGGGAAGGACAAGUCAAGGGCAAACACGGGUGCUGGUCAGAAGACGUCGUGGAUAGAUAUCACGGACGUGCUUUUCUCCUUCACGCUGCUGUUCAGUCAGCUCGUUGCACUCAUUCGUUUCGUUGAGUACGUGAUCGCGGCGAAUCCGUGGAACUACGUGUCUGCCAUGUUCUGUGGCAUUUUCGUCAUGAGCCAGUUGUACCCCAUGGUCAAGAAGCGUGUUCCCGAGUCCAGCGGCUGGGACCAUACUGCUGCCACCUUUACGGCGAAUGUGUUUGGCUCGUUGCCCGUGGUCUGCAGUUUAGCCUUCGUGCAGCUAUGGCAAGUCUACUACGCGGGCAAUCUCCAAGUGACCCAAGGCAUUGUCGCAGGCACGAAUGGCCCGGCGGCGGCGACGAACCGGACGCACCGGAUUGUGUUGCGAAGACGCGGAUGGUGUUUGGCCGACGAGGAGCAGAAGGAGACACAGGAUGCGAUGCAUGCCGAGCGCAGGUGA